AUGCGCUCGUGGAAUUUCCUGGUUUGUUUCAUCCUUGGUGUGGCGUUCCUCGCCAACGCACAAAGAUUUUAUGAACGCGAAGCAGAUGCCCCGCGCGGUCGCUUUUUACCCUGGACUCGCCUCGUACCAUCCGUUACGAAGACUCGCGCAAAUAAAAUCAUAGUAGUGAAUACUUGGCCACUGACAGGACCGAAUGACGCUGCCUGGAAGGUGCUUAGCCGAAGAGGCACGGCUGUGGACGCCGUGGUCGCCGGUUGCAGUGCAGCUGAGGAGGAUCGCGAGAUAACCUCGGUGGGCUGGGGUGGCUCUCCGGAUGAGCGUGGCAAUACCACGUUGGAUGCGAUGGUCAUGGAUGGAGACAGCAUGAAAGCUGGAGCCGUAGCCUCAAUGCCCUACAUCAAGGAGGCCAGUAAGGUGGCGCUGGGGGUAAUGCAAAUGACGAGACAUACCCUCCUUAUGGGCCCUCCGGCAACCAACUUCGCCGCCUCUCUCGGCUUCCGCAGGACUGAUCUCGCCUCCAAAGAAUCCCGAGCAGAGUGGAGGGAAUGGCACGACGGAAACUGCCAGCCCAACUUCCGAGUUCCCUACCAGUGGACGCCUGACCCCCGACGCAGCUGUGGCCCUUAUCGCAUGUCACUAAAACGGCCGGAUCUUGGCAUCAAGGAGGACAACCACGAUACUAUUGGUAUGAUCGCGCUGGACGAGAAAGGCAGUAUGGCUGUUGGCAUGUCAACCAAUGGAGUCAAGUUCCGCAUACCCGGGCGGGUCGGUGAUACGCCUAUUCCCGGCGCUGGUGGUUACGUGGAUAGCAAGGUUGGUGGAGCCGCUGGAACGGGCGACGGUGAUGUGAUGAUGCGCUUUCUACUGAGUUUCCGUGCCGUGGAACUGAUGAGACAGGGCAAGAAUGCCACUGAGGCCUGUCAACAGAGUCUUGCAGCUGUCAGAGAGAGAGGGCAAUGGUCCGGCGGACUAGUCGCCCUGCGUGCCGACGGACAGUACGGCGCAGCCUGUGUGGGCUUCGAGAGCUUCGCACUGGUGGUGCAGUCCACCACUGUUCGGGGCCCACAAGUGAUCAAGGUGCCCUGCAUGAAAUCCGGCAACGCCUGA